AUGGUCUAUUCGCAUUAUGAGCCAAACGAAGAUAGUUUGGAAAACAGUUUUUUCAAUGAAGAUAUACAAACCGAUGCAAGCAAAUUAUUCAAAGGCCAUAUUAGAAUUAAAGCCGAUUUGGACCAAUGUCUAACUACCUCGACGAAUGUGAACACUAAGAAAAACUAUUUUACCACUGAAAUUUGCGACAAACAAUUUUCAACAACGAAUCAUAUUGACUCGGAUAAGAGUGUUCACACUGUAGAUCAAGUUUUCACGUGUACAAUAUGCACCAAUAACUUUUCAGAAAGCUACGAUUUAAAAUCAAGUGUGGAAACUAACGCUACAGACAAAGAACUUUUAACAUGUAAAAUUUGUUCUGAAGAGGUUAAUAGAGAGAGUGUUGUAAAAAUACCUAUUGUAGAUAAUACUUUUCCAUGUCAGAUUUGCUCCAAAAGGUUUUCAAAAUCUUUCAAUUUAACACAGCAUAUGAGAGUACAUACUGGCGAUAAACCUUUUGCAUGCGAAAUUUGUACCAGGAAGUUUUCACGAAAUUCGCAUUUAAAAGAACAUAUGAUAAUUCAUACUGGCGAUAAACCUUUUGCAUGUGAAAUUUGUGACAAAAGUUUUUCAAAAAGUUCCAAUUUAAAAGAUCAUAUGAGAGUACAUAGUGGAUAUAAGCCGUUUGCGUGUGCAAUUUGUACCAGGAAGUUUUCAGAAAGUUCCGAUUUAAAAUCAAGUGUGGAAACUAACGCUAUAGGCAAAGAACUUUUAGCAUGUGAAAUGUGUUCUAAAGAGGAUAAUAGAGAGAGUGUUGUAACAGUACCUAUUGUAGAUAAUACUUUUACAUGUCAGAUUUGUUCCAAGAGUUUUUCAAAAAGAUCCAAUUUAACCAGUCAUAUGAAAAUACACUCUGGAGAAAAGCCGCUUGCGUGUGAAAUUUGCUCCAAAAGGUUUUUACUAACUGCCAAUUUAACACAGCAUAUGAGAGUACAUACUGGCGAUAAACCUUUUGCAUGUGCAAUUUGUACCAGGAAGUUUUCACGAAGUUCCCAUUUAAAUGAACAUAUGAAGAUCCACACUGGAGAUAAACCUUUUGCAUGUAAAAUUUGCUCAAAAAGUUUUUCAAAAAGUUCCAAUUUAACACAUCAUAUGCGAGUCCAUACUGGAGAUAAGCCGUUUGAGUGUGCAAUUUGUACCAGGAAGUUUUCACGAAGUACCCAUUUAAAAGAGCAUAUGAUAAUUCAUACUGGCGAUAAACCUUUUGCAUGUGAAAUUUGCUCUAAAAGGUUUGCAAAAACUACCUAUUUAACAUAUCAUAUGAGAGUACAUGCUGGAGAUAAGAUGUUUGCUUGUGAAAUUUGUUUCAAGCGCUUUUCACAAAGUGACAAUUUAGAAAAGCAUAUGAAAAUACACACUGAAGGUAAAUCUUUUCCGUGUGCAAUUUGUACCAAAAAGUUUUCACGAAGUUCCCAUUUAAAAGAACAUAUGAUGUCUCAUACUGGCGAUAAACCUUUUGCUUGUGAAAUUUGCUCUAAAAGUUUUUCAAAAAGUUCCAAUUUAACACAUCAUAUGAGAGUACAUACUGGAGAUAAGCCGUUUGCGUGUGAAAUUUGCUUCAAAAGGUGUUCUCAAAAAUCCCAUUUAGAUAGACAUAUGAAAAUACACAGCAGUUAA